AUGGCGGCGGUGAGGCACCGGCAACUGGAGGCCGGCCCCGUGGACGCCUCCGCGCCGGCGGUUCUGUUCGUGCACGACUUCCCGGAGCUCUGGUACUCGUGGCACCACCAGAUGGGCUACCUCGCCGUGCGCGGCUACCGCUGCGUCGCGCCCGACCUACGGGGCUACGGCGGCACCACCGCGCCGCCGGAGCCGUCGUCCUACACCGUCUUCCACAUAGUCGGCGACCUCGUCGCGCUCGUCGACACCCUCCACCUACCGCAGCUAGAUAUGAUGAUCCAACAAUGGGGAAUCGAUCUUUUUCUGCUGGACAUUUGGGAUGCUUCACAUGUUUGGACCAAGUGCCACAUUCAAGGCAUAGAAGUCAAAAAUGAAAACUUUACCCCUUACUAUCUGCACAGAACUCACAGUAACUUGAGCAAGGUGCAACUUGACACUCUCAGAAAGGAACAGUGCAGCCCUCCGACCGCACCAGGAAUAGCGUCACCCUCUGCUACCUCCGCAUCCCGCCGCCGCCCGUGGCCCAACGACCACAAUCACAACUCCAUUGAUAGCGCAUUCUGCCAUGGCCCUUUGACCACAAUCACAACCACAUCAAGCCACCAGCCCUGGGGUUCAUCAAGGUUCUCUUGCGUCAGUGGCAGUCAUAUGCAUUCUACUCUGAAUUCUGUUGAGCUUCUUUCAAACAGAAGGCAGGAGAUUGUUCGGAUGCUUGGGUUUCAGUUUCACUUAGGGCAGCUCCAAUGUUUAUUUAAGAACUACUUUGAGAGCACUCUCAAACUUCACACACAAAUAACAAAGUCAACAUUUCAACAACAACAACAACAACAACAACAACAACAACAACAACAACAACAAAGUCAACAUUUCAUUACAAAGAAUUAUUUUGUCAAAUGA